UUUCAAAUGUUAGUCUGCUAGCAGCUCGUGUAGUAAGUACGAACCGGACAAACAAACAAGUCUGGAUCUGUCUGUCAUAUACCGAGUUUGAAAUAAAAAUUCUUUCUUGUCACUUUUCAGAUAAAACGCGCCCACAACAUGAAAAUCUACAGUCUGGGCGCCAACCCAAAUAAACCCUGCAACAUCUUGAAUUUCAAAGGCGUUUCGCUGAUGCUCGAUUGUGGGCUGGAUAUCAACUCGGCCCUUCAUUUUCUACCUCUGCCUCUCGUUGCCAGCAAAAGGCUCUCAAAUUUACCAAACUGGAUCCCGAGAGACACACAGGAUGCUGCACUUCUUGAUGGAGAACUGAAAGAAUGUGAAAAUCGAGUGUUGGUGGAUGGCCCAAUAGAGAUACUGCCCCCUCAGUCAGACAUUUUUGACAUCUCUGAUGUGGAUACCAUCUUGCUAUCGAAUCAUGCCUGCAUGCUGGCCCUGCCAUUCAUCACUGAAGAAACUGGCUUUAAAGGGAGGGUAUAUGCAACUGAACCCACCUUGCAGAUUGGAAGGCUCUACAUGGAAGAACUGGUCAACUACUUGGAAAGGACUCCCAAAAAUCAGCGAGCAAACAGAUGGAAGCAAGUACUCCAGUCUCUUCCUCCUCCUCUCAGUGGGGCUCUGAGACCAAAUGAUUGGAAGAAAGUCUAUUCCACAAAAGCCAUCAAUGCAGCCCUGGCAAAAGUUCGCAUGGUUGGCUUCAACGAAAAAAUUGAUAUCUGUGGUGCUUUAACUGUGAUGGCCGUCAGUUCUGGAUAUUCCCUUGGUAGUUGCAAUUGGAUCAUUCAUUCCGGCUAUGAGAAGAUUGCGUACGUGAGCGCUUCAUCUACUCUCACGACCCACCCAAGGCCGAUGGAUCAAGUUGCCCUUAGAAAUGCCGAUCUCUUGAUCUUGACAGCGUUGACUCAGACCCCCGUGGCCAAUCCAGAUUCAAUGUUGGGCGAAUUCUGCAUGGCAGUUGCAUCCACGUUACGAUCGGGCGGAUCUUGCCUAGUCCCAUGUCACCCUUCCGGCCUUCUUUACGAUCUGUUCGAAUGUCUCUCAGUUCAUUUAGACAAUAUUGGUCUUAGUCAGAUUCCGCUGUUUUUCUUCUCUCCCGUGGCCGAAACUUCCUUGGCUUAUUCCAACAUCUUCGCUGAAUGGUUAUCUUCAGGCAAGCAGAGCAAAGUUUAUCUCCCAGAAGAACCAUUUCCUCACGCCCAUCUCAUCAAAAAUGGUCGACUGAAACACUUCCCAAGCCUGCAUGCCGAAGGAUUCACCAACGAGUACAGACAGCCAUGUGUCGUAUUUUGCGGUCAUCCUUCCCUUCGUUUUGGCAAUGUAGUUCACUUCAUAGAGUUAUGGGGCAGUCAUAGCAACCACAGUAUCGUCUUCGUUGAACCCGAUUUCCCUUACCUGGAAGCGCUGGCCCCCUAUCAACCACUGACCAUGAAAAUCGUUCACUGUCCCAUUGACACGAGUUUGAGCUUCACUCAAGCCAAUAAACUGAUACGCGAUCUCAAGCCAGGAAACUUACUCGUUCCAGACGUUUACCUCCACCCGCCAGUGUCGGCUCCCUUAAGAUCAGACUUGGUUAUUCAGGAAUUGGAUCCACCAGCAUUGGGUAUGAAGUCCUACCAGGUGUUACAGUUACCAAUUAAGAGGAAGCAGGAAAAAGUGCAUCUUGAUCCGGCCCUGGCCUCUCGUCUCGAACCCAUCCAAUUUAAAACGGGCCUUUCAGCUUCUACUCUGACUGGAAAAUUGGAUGCUCGUGACAAUAAAUUUACUCUGAAAGUAUUAAACGAAGAGGAAGGAGGCACAUUGUACAGUGCGUCGGAGAGAAUGCUGCCUCGCCAUCCUUGGGGCUCUGUUGACACAACUCAACUGUUGCAUUUGCUCAGUCAACAUGGUUUGCUAGAUGCUCGGGUCGAAGACACUCCUCGAGGCGUCGUCAUUCACUUGCCAAGAGAGGACACUGUGAUUCAACUGGAAGGUUCCAACACUCAUGUUUACUGCCAUGAUGAAGCGCUACGGAGAACUUUGAGGGAUAUUUUGCUACAAUGUCUACCUUGUUUGUGAACAUCACCAUAAAUACAUUCGAAUUUUUCUCUUAUAAA